GGACGACUUUCUAGAGUACAGACUACACAGUCAUAUAGUCAGACAGUGAGCGGGCCUUGGGGACACUAAAUAUUCAGCAGUGUUGUAUUGCGUCGCACGAACUUUGAAGUAAAAAGUAAAUAUAAACAAAGGAGCUGGCUGGAAGUGCAAGCACACACACGAGCAUACUAUCCAUAAGUAGUAUAGAGUCGACUGGAGGAUAUAAACAAGCAUCAUGUUGAGUAUAAGUUCGCGCUCCAACUGCGCCCGAAUCGUAGCAAAACGGCAAGCAGUCAUCGCAGCGAAGUUGCGCAGCUAUUCGUCGACAAACUUAAAACCUCUCGGCCGACUACAGAUAUGUGAUACAGCCGAAGAGGCUGUGAAAGAUAUUCCCGAUGGAUCGAAACUGUUAGUUGGUGGCUUCGGACUGUGCGGUAUUCCAGAGCAUCUAAUCAAAGCCCUGAAGCAGCAAGGGACGAAGGACCUCACCUGCGUGAGUAACAAUGCUGGUGUUGACGAUGCUGGACUUGGACUACUUUUAAAGGGUAAACAAAUCAAGCGUAUGAUUUCGUCCUACGUGGGUGAGAAUGCGGAGUUUGAGAGACAGUUCCUCAAUGGUGAACUCGAGGUCGAACUUACGCCACAGGGAACUCUUGCAGAGAGAUGUCGUGCUGGCGGAGCUGGGGUGCCCGCUUUCUUCACCCCCACAGCUUACGGAACAGUUGUGCACACGGGCGGUUCGCCUAUCAAGUACACGGAAGAUGGCAAGGAAAUUGCUAUCGCGAGCAAACCACGUGAGGAGAGACAGUUCAAUGGACGCGACUAUAUCAUGGAAGAGGCUAUUACAGGAGAUUACGCACUAGUGAAGGCAACCAAGGCUGACACCGCUGGCAAUCUGAUCCUCGCGAAGACGACGCAGAACUUCAACAACGCGAUGGCUCGAGCUGCCAAGAUCACAAUUGCAGAGGUUGAAGAGAUCGUGCCUGCCGGUGAACUGAGCCCUGAGGCUAUCCACGUGCCUGGAAUCUAUGUCAACCGCCUCGUAAUUACUAAGCCCGAGAAACGCAUCGAGAAGACGACGUUAUUCAGAGAGCCACCAUCCGCUGGAGAGGCCGAGCACGAGCUAAGCACAAGAGAGAAGAUCGUACGCCGCGCCGCCAAGGAGUUCAAGGAUGGUAUGUUUGUCAACUUGGGCAUCGGUAUGCCCAUGAUGGCUUCCAAUUACAUUCCUGAGAAUGACACCGUAUGGCUCAUGUCCGAGAAUGGAAUUAUGGGGCUAGGACCAUUCCCUACCAAAGACCAGGUCGACGCUGAUCUCAUUAAUGCUGGAAAGGAGACGGUCACCAUUGUCAAGGGCGGUGCAUACUUCGGAAGUGACGAGAGUUUCGCUAUGAUUCGCGGGGGUCACAUCGACAUGACUGUUCUAGGCGCUAUGCAAGUGUCCGAGAAGGGAGACCUAGCGAACUGGAUGAUCCCUAAGAAGAUGGUGAAGGGUAUGGGAGGUGCCAUGGACUUGGUCAGCACUCGCGGAACAAAGACGAAAGUCAUCAUCACAAUGGAACACACUGCCAAGGGUGGUAAGCACAAGAUUCUGAGCGAGUGCAAUCUGCCGUUGACAGGCCAGCGAUGCGUGAGUCGCAUUAUUACUGAGAAGGCUGUCUUUGACGUGACGCCUACUGGAUUGCUUCUGCAAGAAAUCGCAGAGGGAUUGACCGUUGAUGAUAUAAAAGAAGCCACAGGAGCUUCGUUUAGCGUUGCCGAUAAAAUUGCGACCAUUCAAUAUGCUUAGAAAGAAUACAGUAAAUUUGAGACCAUACUGUAUGCUUAAAAAUAAAUAAAUACUACACAAUACACGU